AUUACAAUUCAGGUGUAUGGUAGCUUCGUUGUUAAGCGUAAUCAUCAUUAAGCUACAAUCUAGGCUAGUUUUAUGAAUUAUACCGGUUAUAUUUUUCAGACUAGAAUAACUACAUGAGCUCAUCAAUCUCUCCUGCCAAGAAACGUGCUAAGACUGAGCCAGAUAAUAUGGGUGAGACAUUGGCAAAUGGUAAGACAAGUCCGUGGUUUGGUGACCAACCUUUGGAGCAGAACGACCCGGAUAUUUACAACAUAAUCUUGAAAGAAAAGGACCGUCAGCGUAGAGGUCUUGAGCUCAUUGCUUCCGAGAACUUCGCAAGUAAAGCCGUUCUUGAAGCCCUCGGAUCAUGUCUCAACAAUAAAUACUCCGAAGGUUACCCCGGCACAAGAUAUUAUGGAGGAACAAAAUACAUUGAUGAACUUGAGCUUCUCUGUCAGAAACGUGCUCUGGAGGCAUUCGGGUUGAGCCCUGACAAAUGGGGUGUGAAUGUCCAACCCUACUCGGGGUCCCCUGCCAACUUCGCCAUCUACACUGCUCUGGUCGAGCCACAUGGUCGCAUCAUGGGCCUGGACUUGCCUGACGGUGGCCACUUAUCCCAUGGUUUCAUGACGGACAAGAGGAAAGUGUCUGCUACUUCUAUAUUCUUUGAGUCCAUGCCAUAUAAGGUCGAUCCAAAGUCGGGGCUGAUCAAUUACGAACAGUUACAAGUAAAUGCUAAACUGUUUCAUCCAAAACUAAUCAUUGCUGGUAUCAGCUGUUACUCAAGAAAUCUUGACUACGCUAAAUUGCGUGAAAUUGCUGAUGAAAACAACGCACUCCUACUAGCUGAUAUGGCCCACGUCAGUGGUCUAGUGUCCGCUGGGCUCGUGGCGAACCCAUUCGAACAUUGUGAUUUGGUUAGUAGUACGACACACAAGACACUACGUGGUCCUAGAGCAGGAAUUAUAUUCUUUAGAAAAGGUGUUCGUAAAGUAUUAAAGGAUGGAAAAGAGGAGAUGUAUAACCUUGAAAAGCCAAUAAAUGAAGCAGUGUUUCCCGGACUUCAAGGAGGACCACAUAAUCAUGCCAUUGCAGGUGUAGCAGUAGCCCUUAAGCAGGCCAUGCAGCCAGAAUUUAAAACAUACGCAAGUGAAGUCAUAGCAAAUGCUCGGGUUAUGGCCAAAUGUCUGAUGGAUAGAGGCUAUGAUAUUGUUACAGGUGGCACUGAUACCCAUCUUCUUCUGCUGGAUCUUCGCUCCAAGAAUUUAGACGGAAACCGAGCAGACAAGGUUCUUGAGGAGAUUUCCAUUGCGUGUAAUAAGAACACGUGUCCAGGCGAUAAAAGUGCACUUAGACCAAGCGGCCUGAGGUUUGGCACGCCAGCUCUCACAUCCCGCAACCUUAAGGCAGAGGACUUUGAAAAAGUGGUUGAUUUUAUUGACAGAGGUAUUGCUAUCGCCUUAGAGAUCAAAGCUGCCUCAGGUCCUUUGUUGAAGGAGUUCAUGGCUACUAUGGCAACAGAGGAAUACCAGAAAAAACUAGCAGCAUUGAGGGAUGAAGUGGAAGCAUUUGCCACGAAAUUCCCUCUCCCGGGAAAAGACGUCCUGUAGGAUUUCCUCUCCAAGGAAAGUUUCAAUUAGGAGAAUUAUAUUGGACAAUGUUCUUUGAUAACUCCCCAGGAAAAGACUAAAGGACCAAAAGUCAAUCAUGGUUUAUUUUUGAACAUUUCUGAUUGUUGUAAUUUUAAAAUUGUAGGGAUUGGGAUAGUGGACCACAAUAAAUCAUUUAAUUAUUAUUAAUUUUAUUGUUUAAAGCUCUGUCCUCUCUAUCAAAUGUUAUAGGACAAAUAAAUGUGAUAUGUCCAUAUGUUGGAUGUAACAAGCUACACAUAUUUGGUCACAAAAUUUAAUAGUGCAGACAGAGCUUAAAAAAAGCUUUGUGUGUGCUAAUGUGUAUAAAUUUUUAUUCAUUCCUAGAGGAAACGUAAAUGAGAUUUACAGAUAUUUAUUAGGGCAGUGAUGAUAUUUACAUCACCAUAAACAGAUAAUGGAAUGGUAGGUUAACAUCAACUCGAUUUCUCCAUUCAUUCUCCCUCAGCAUCUUGCCAUUAGCAUUUGUGAUUUCUUUUUCUGCAUGAACUUUUACGUUAUAUUUCAUCCAUUAAGGUGGUGGCUGGUGAGGGGGUGGUGUGAUAACACACCACACAAUAAGAUGGAUAAUUCAAUUGCCUUUUUAUGGUGACAUUUAAUAUAUCCAUUAAAUUUAUUAAACAAACGGUAGCCAUAUAUUGGUUGGUUGGUUGGUUAUACAGUAUUGGUAUAUAAAUAGAUCCAUUAUAAACCAACAAAUUAAAAAUCAGGAAGUCAAAUCCAUAAUAUUGAAUUCAUAUUCCAACUAUUGGCGAUAACCAUUGCUGUAAGUUAUGCUCUUCCAAUAAUUGAAUAUUCCCCCACUACAAGGUGAUAUGAAUGUAUUUUUUUAGUUUUAAAUUUAAUGUGUGUUACGACUCAUUAUUUUUAUUCAUUUUUAAUAAAUAAACUAAAAUUAAUAGUUCAUACUAUUUUUUUAAGAAGUGCACUUAUGAUUUUAUAGUAGAUAUUUUGAUUUUACUUAGUUUGGUUUCAAACCAUAUUUUCAAAUCCAGGUGCUUUCGUGGAAAAAAAAUGUGCUUCCACUGUAAGAUGGUGUGUAUUAAUCACUGGUAAAUUAAUUAACAGUGUGUCUGUUAAUUAUGUGUACUGCUAGAAAUACUGUACUAAUAAAAAAAAAAUCAAAUUGGA